UUAAUUAGGUCAAGAUGGUGGGUUUUGUUUAAGGUUUAAAAAUUCUUGUUUGACUCAAAAGCUGAGAAGAGAGAGUGGAGAAGAAGGUGAACAACAACAACAACUAGAUCUGAUUCCUCCAAAGGUUUCAACUUUCAAUCAGUUUGAGUGAUCUCAAUCAUGCUUUGAACCUUCUUGCUUUCAAGCACUUCCAGAAUGUCACGCCCUUGUUUCCACAAGCUUGUUCUGCCCUCAACCCUUCAAUCCAGACAACUGGGGAUUCCGGACAAUUUUCUGAGGAAAUAUGGCGGUCAGCUUUCAACAAUUGCUACCCUCACUGUUCCAGAUGGUACUGUUUGGCGUGUAGGGUUAAAGAAGGCCGACAACAGAAUUUGGUUUGCUGAUGGUUGGCAAGAAUUUGUUCAACGCUACACCAUUGGCAUUGGAUACUUUUUAGUAUUCAUGUAUGAAGGGAAUUCAUCUUUCAUUGUUCAUAUUUUCAAUAUGAGCACUUCUGAGGUGAAUUAUCAGUCUGCAGUGAGAAGCCGUAAUGAAGGGCCUGUCUUUACGAAUUAUCAUCAUAUUUUUGUCGAAAUGGAAGAUACAGACUCCUUCGAAUUCAUGGAUUCCUCUCCUUCAAACCUUACUCCUGGUUCAUUGCAAAACAAGGUUUUUGGUGGAUCUGUAGAUCAACUGACACCUGGGAAGAAUCAAUCUCCUGCACUGCAGAAUUUGUUUAAUGGUGGGUCUAAACUCAAUCGUGUGAACUGGGGAGAUAGUGGGAGUCCUUUUCCUUCAAAGGAUGCCAAUUCACAGGGCAAUCACUCAACCAGAGAUAUAGGUGUUCAGUUUAAUGCUGUUGAAUUUAAAAGGUCUACUGAAGAAUUGAAAUUGCGUUAUCCUAACAAUGAGGAAGGGGUUAGCAAAACUGUGAAAAGGAAGAGGAAGUCUGAACCAAAAACUGUAGAUGGUCAGGAACCUUCUGCUGAAAAUGAAGAGGAGGCAGAAAUGCGCUAUAGAUUUUAUGAAAGUGCUUCUGCUAGAAAGAGAACCGUGACUGCGGAGGAAAGAGAGAGGGCAAUUAAUGAUGCGAAAGCAUUUGAACCAGCUAAUCCUUUCUGUCGAGUUGUCCUUCGACCCUCCUAUUUAUAUAGGGGAUGCAUAAUGUAUCUGCCUUCCUGCUUUGCAGAAAAGAAUUUGAAUGGGGUUUCGGGAUUCAUCAAACUUCAGGUUGCCGAUGGGAGACAGUGGCCAGUUCGCUGCCUAUAUAGAGGAGGUCGAGCAAAGUUAAGCCAGGGUUGGUUUGAAUUCACCUUAGAGAACAAUUUAGGGGAAGGGGAUGUCUGUGUGUUUGAGCUGCUCAGAACGAGGGAUGUAGUGCUGCAAGUUACUUUAUUUCGUUUAACUGAAGAAGUGGGGUUGUUAGAGGCUCCUCCUAUGCAGCAGCCCAGUCCAAAUGUGAGCCACUCUAAACUGUUGAACCCUCACUUGCAGCAUCGCGUCAGCACAACCAAAAUGGUUAGAAAUUAGCAGGGAGGGUUAACUCCUGAUAGACAAACUGUGUCAAGUAGCUCUUGCUUGUGAGUGAUCUUUUAUUCAUCUAAUUUCUUCAGUUUGGAACUUUGAUGCUUUCCAUGUCCAUAGACAUUUGAACUUAGUUAUUGUAGUUUUGAUAUGGAUAUUGUUUUUGACUUGGGUUGUAAAUAGAGUUUCAAUCUAGUUAAUCAAAACUGAGUUGAAACGCUUGUCA